AACUGAAUAGUUGGGGUCGCUUUUUUCCCCGAGACACCAGCAGCAGCAGCUAACGGGCAGAAGAGAAGGAGCGGAGUCAACACUGUGCUGCCUCUCCUGUUUAUACGAUUUGCGGAGGCUUUAAAACCCCCUGAGGCACUCGAUAAGAAGUCAUCACACACAUAUGUUGCCUUAAAGCAUCUUUUAACCUCGCGUUAGUCGCGUUUUAGAUGUUACCGGGUCGCAUGGAGUCGGUGUUGAAAAGGUCGGUGAGGUGUUUUGCGGACAAGAGAUCAUCCAGCUAAUGUUAGCUAGCCGCAGCCAGCCGCGGACUGCACGGUGAGGACCUGACGGUGCUGCUGCCCACUCUACGGACGGACGGACAUCGGUAUCAGCUUGAACAAUGGGCCUCAUAUUCGCCAAACUGUGGAGCUUCUUUUGUAAUCAAGAGCACAAGGUGAUAAUCGUUGGACUUGACAACGCAGGGAAAACCACUAUACUCUACCAAUUUCUGAUGAACGAGGUGGUUCACACGUCUCCCACCAUCGGAAGCAACGUUGAAGAAAUAGUGGUGAAGAACACUCACUUUUUGAUGUGGGAUAUAGGAGGGCAGGAGUCUCUCAGGUCCUCCUGGAACACCUACUACUCUAAUACAGAGUUUGUCAUUCUGGUGGUGGACAGCACAGACAGAGAGAGGCUGGCCAUCUCUAAAGAGGAGCUCUACAGGAUGUUGGCUCAUGAGGACCUGCGAAAAGCAGCUGUGUUGAUAUUUGCCAAUAAGCAGGAUAUGAAGGACUGUAUGUCUGCAGCGGAGAUCUCCAAAUACCUCACCCUGAGCUCCAUCAAAGACCACCCCUGGCACAUACAGUCCUGCUGCGCACUUACAGGAGAAGGCUUAUGCCAAGGUCUUGAGUGGAUGACCUCCAGGGCCGGACUCAGAUAGCCCUUCCUCCGCCGUCGAUGGCCUCACUACCUGCACCACCCACACGGUGGCACAACAGCUUAUUGGCUUAUUGUUACUUUUUAUUUUUUUAAAUGACAAAGUUGGACUUUGACCUCUGCAGACGGCGCAGGAACGGGAGCACUGACGCUCGGCUCUUCCACCCACAGCGGAGCCAGUUCUCCUCCCCCAAAUCACGGACGAGACCGUGACCAGAACUGAUUAAAACCGACCUGGUUACGGAACGUCACUACUACAGUAAAGGAGAAGAAGAAGAAAAUAAAUUUCAGUGAGACUCAUUUUACAGUUCGUCCGAGUGCGAGGCAGGGCUGCACUGGACACUGAUCAUUAUCACUACAUACAUAUCAUGUUACAUUUCACCGUAUCGUACCAGAGUGUGCCAUAAACGUCACUUGGAUGCCCAGUUUGGGGAAAAUAUGGUGCAGCUUGAUGAUUUUUUGUUUGUUUUUGUCUCUAUAUAAGUUCAUGUACAGGUACAAUUUUGACAGGACAAGCAAAGGGAUUGCAAGCAGUAUUGUAAAAACUGGUUUUUGAUGGGAAUGGUGGCACAAAAGUUCUGUUCGAGUUUUGCAAAACAAUGUCAUGAUUUAAUUUUUACGUUCUCAAUCUUCGCACAGCUAUGGACAUCUGUUACAUUAUGUCUUCAGUUUCAUAAGCUACAUCAUUGGUGGUUACUCUCACACUAGGAGUUAUCGGUGCCGUAUUAAAAUGUGGUCAAACGUGAAAUCUCCCUCCCUUCUUAACUUCGAGCCCGUACUUGCACGUUAAUUGAGCCAAAAUGGUGUAGAUUCAGAGUGUUGGCAUGCAAAUGUUUCCUUAAACCUUGACCUUCUUGAACAAACUCAGCCAUUCAUCCAUUCAGUUUUGCAAAGCGCUAAUUGGCUGCGACACCAUUUCAAGUACAAAGCUCAGUUUUAAUAACAGUAUUUUAAAUUGAGACACUAUAUUUUGUCAAUGAUGCUUUAUGAGUUUUAUUUAAUUUUAUUCUUUUAUAUUUUUUUUUUUGCUUUUAUAGACUUGUCAGACAGUGCUUAAAGGCAAGUUAGCAUCUAGCUCUGUUUUGUAUUAACAGAUGAUAAUUGGUGCUGUGCGAGUGCGUGUGGCCGACUGCAUCCUAAUAUAAAGAUUUUGUUAAUUUUCUGCAGCCAUUUUGGCGCAUAUUCCUCUUUAAACGGUUUGUACUUUUAAAACAAAGGGAUCAGAAUAAGCCAGCAUGAAGCAAAACCCUUGAGGCAGCAUCAGAGCUCUUGUCGGACUUGAACGGCACCAAGGGGGUCAGGAUCCCCCUGUACUAAAUGUGCCACUACAUAUAUAUCUCCUCAACCACUUGGACUGAGUUUCCGAUGGUUUAGUAGCAUUAAGAUGAUCUUAACUCAAUAUUUUGGCCGUCAUAUAGGUACAAUACUUGAUCCUCAGCCUUAACCAUGCUGUUCUGAGUGUCUGGAGGACUUUGUGUGUAUGAAUCUGACAUUCUGCUCAUGAUUUUUUUUUUUUUUUUUUACCCUUUUUUCCCCUUUUUGAUGAUCAGGUUUGGUAUAGAUCUAUGCACGUGUCACUUUGAAACCUUGUGUACCUCCUGCAAGUUCCUCAGCGGCCAAAAUGGGUGCGAGGAUGAAAAGGAGGUGCAUGAGUUUCACUGUUGAAUCAACAAGGUGAUGAAAAGGUGUCCAUCUCAGUCAGGGAGUGCCUCUGGGUCUCUAGAAUAUGUGUUGUGGGACAAAGUGUUUUACAUGAACAGGGAAAAGGGUUGAACUUUUGAAGCAUCAAGGUUCAAGUUUACAGCUUUUACCUUGAUCUCACAAAGCAAGGGAAGUGAUCAUAUUCUCAGUGUGGUGACGUGUAGUCUGGGUCAUGUACUGUAACACACUUUUCAUCUUCAUUAAAAGUUUGUUUUGAACUCUGA